AUGGAAGAGGUGAUAGUAGAGAACAAGCUUAUUCAAUCAAAUCAAACAAGUGCUGUGAUUUCUCAGCUGGAAUCAACCGUGAAGCAGCAGCAGCAGCAGCAGCAGAGUUCAUCUCUGGAGUCUGAUGAAGUGAUCAGCAGUGGCGCCAGAGAAUUGAGCAAAAGCAGCGGCGGUGGUGGCGACAACAACAUCCCCGUUCUUGUUCCCCUCCAAGUUCCCAAGGCUUUCAAGUACCCAGAAAGGUACAGGAGUCCGACUGAUGCGAUGGUUUCUCCGAUCACGAGAGGGCUUAUGGGAAGGAAAAGAAGGGGCGGUGGGGAAGGAGCUCCAUUGCCUUUGCCGCCCAUCGGCACAAAUCUGCCCCAAAAGCUCCAGGCGGCAGACUAAAGUGCAGACCUUCAAGUGGAUUCCCUUCCAAAACUAAUGGCGGUUUGUAAUUUAGCAUAUAUAUGGGUUGUAAAUUGUUGUAACAUCUCUGUUGUGCUCCCACUUUUGGUUAAUGGGUUCAUUUAUCCCUUUUUUUUCAAGUUUAGGUUUGGCAGCUUUGUCUGCUUAGUUCUUGCAAACUAGUUCCAUUUCACGUACAUUGGUAUUCUAUAUGCUAAUUAAGAGUAAUUAUGUUUUUAACAAUGAGAGUGAUCAUCUUCUCUGGAAGAUUGAGAGAAGACACAGAAUCUCAAAUGAUGAUUCUAAAUUAUGUUUUAGAAAA